CCGAUUCAGUAUCGCAGUCGGGAUCGCCUUGUUAACAUUGCUUUUGAAAAUCGGUCUAAAUGGGUAUCCUUCGAAAUCUGAUUCUGGCCUUUGUCGCUUUUCUAGGCAUUGCUCUGCUGUUUGUAACGGCAACCUGGAAAUGGCUCAGUUACGAAUUGAUCCCCAAUAGAGUUUAUGACAUUGGCCAGAUUCAGAAUAUGUCCUUCGAUUAUAUAAUUGUUGGUGCCGGAACUGCCGGAUGUGUGCUGGCCAAUCGACUCUCGGCAGACACGAACCAUUCGGUUCUACUUAUCGAAGCAGGGGACGUUUUCGGUGCAGCAUCGAUUGUUCCUUUGUUCAGCACGGCCAUGCAACAAACCGAAGUGGACUGGGCAUUCCGCACCACCCCGCAAAAGUAUUCCUCGCAUGGUCUGAUCAACAACCAACAAUUUCUCCCAAGGGGACGUGGCCUCGGUGGGUCCGGUCAGAUCAAUUACAUGUUGCACUUUGCCGGCUUCGAGCAGGAUUUUGAGCGUUGGCAGCAGCUGGGAGCGCCGGAUUGGGGCUACGCACAGCUGAAGCCAUAUCUGGAGAAACACGAGCAAGAACAUCAGCCAAAAUCAGUGCCCCCAGAAGGCAUCGACCUUCGGGAUGUUGGAUGUGGGACAGCCGGAUCGAGGAAGGAUGAUGAAAUAUUUGAGCAAAACCAAUAUCCAAGUUUCAUCCAAAGCGACAAAUCUCCGCAGCUCGAGUUCUGCAGCAAAACUUCACCACCGAUACAGCCAACCGUUGAACCUAAACUUCACAUUACACCAGUAAAAACAGAAGAAAACCUCCUCACCAAGGCUUUCACCGACGUUGGCUUGGAGCUAUCAUCGGAGUAUCGUUUCGAGGCCGCCAAAUAUACCAUCCGCAAGGGAGUGCGCUGGAGCAGCUACCACGCCUACCUUCGACCGGCAUUCGGUCGCCCGAAUCUACACAUCUUAACCAACACCGUGAGCCAGAAGAUUCUUUUUGAUGAUCGCAAGCGUGCUACGGGGGUUUUGAUCAGUGAUGAAGAUGAAAAUCCCGUUGAAUUGAAAGCGAACAAAGAGAUUAUUUUGAGUGCCGGGGCAAUACAGACGCCUCAACUGCUAAAAUUGUCUGGAGUGGGGCCAGCCUUGGAGUUGAAAAGGCAUCGGAUACCUUUGGUUCACGAUUCACCGAACGUUGGUCAGAAUUACUUUGACCAUUUGAAUCUACCGUUGUUUGUUUCGAUUAACACCAGUGCAAGUGUGACGUUGACAAAGGUUCUGGAUAUCCGCUCUCUGAAGAGCUAUCUUCGUGAUGGAAAAGGAGUGCUAUCGACUACGGCUGUUGCUGGCAUUGGUAGUAAUGCGAGAUCUGGGGGCCACUCCGGGAUAAUUCUGUUCGGAAUGGGAAGCGUUGAUGAGCAAGCUUUGAGGCAUGUUUCCAAUAUGGAUGAAAGCACUUUUAGAGCGUUUUUCCCGUUGCACCAUAACACCAGUCAGGAGGGAUUCUUGAUGCUGAACACGUGUCACCAUCCGAAGAGUCGAGGCGCCGUUUAUCUGCGAGAUUUGAAGGCCAGUUCAGCACCUUUUAUCAAUCCGAAUUAUCUGAAGGAUAGAUUCGAUAUCGAUUGUAUGAUCAAGGCAAUUCGAACGGCGGCGAAGGCCAUUAAUAGUGUGGCUUUUCAGAAGUUGGGGGCCAAGCUACACUGGCCAAUGUUGAAGAGGUGCGCCAACUUUGGACCGUAUGAAGAAGAUUUUAAAACUAACCGGCCUAGUGAGCGAUACUUGGAGUGUAUUUUGCGAAUAUCUGCCCUCACUGGACAUCAUCCCGGUGGAACGGCUGCCAUUGGAGCUAGUUCGGAGGCUCCCAUCGAUAACGAGCUGCGCGUCAAUGGUGUUUAUGGCCUACGAGUGGUCGAUGGAAGUGUAUUUCCGGCACCCGUUUCCGGUACACCGAAUUCUGUGAUCGUUGCCGUAGCCGAGCGAGCGGCCGAUGUUAUUCUGAGAGAUAAAGUUUGAGGGUUGAUUUUUUCGAAGGGAUUUUAUCUAACAACUGGGUGUUUUUUGCUUU